UAAGUCAGGCUGUUAGGUAGGGGCAUGGGAAGCCAGGAGAGCACAGCCUCACCAUGACCCUCAGCCGACCCUCCAGCCGCACUCUGGCUCCCGUGCUGCUGUCCUUGCUGCUGGGUGGUCCGGUGUUGGCCUCAGAGAUUGUGGGUGGCCGGCCAGCCCAGGCCCACGCUUGGCCCUUCAUGGCAUCCCUGCAACUACGCAGAGGUCACUUCUGUGGUGCUACACUCAUCGCCAGAAACUUUGUCAUGUCAGCAGCCCACUGUGUGAACGGCCUAAACUUCCGGUCGGUGCAGGUAGUGCUGGGGGCCCACAACCUCCGGCGACGGGAACCCACUCGACAGAUCUUCUCUGUGCAGCGGGUCUUCGAGAAUGGCUUCGACCCCUCUCGUCUGGUGAAUGACAUUGUAAUCAUCCAGCUCAAUGGCUCAGCCACCAUUAACACCAACGUGCAGGUGGCCCAGCUGCCUGCCCAGGGCCGUGGCGUGGAUAAUGGCACUCCAUGCCUGGCCAUGGGCUGGGGCAGGCUGGGCACAAACCGACCUUUACCCAGCGUGCUCCAAGAGCUCAAUGUGACGGUGGUGACGAACCUCUGCCGCCGCGGUCUGAAUGUAUGCACGAUCGUGCCGCGGCGGCGAGCGGGCAUCUGCUUCGGUGACUCUGGAGGACCUCUGGUCUGUAAUGGACUUGUCCAAGGCAUCGACUCCUUCAUUCGUGGGGGCUGCGGGUCUGGACUGUUCCCAGAUGCCUUUGCGCCUGUGGCUGAGUUCGCAGACUGGAUCAACUCCAUUAUCCGCAGCCAUGAUGACCACCCCGACAUCCACCCCAGAGAUCCCGAGAGUGGGACCAGCUGAUCGGCCCAUCCCCUCAGCUGCUCAAGACGGCCCUCAAUAAAAGCAAUGUUUCCUUUGUA